CACAUGUUUGACAAUGACAUGAUGGAAGUGAGCGGCAUUUUUUCAGACGAUCAGCUCUGGCGUCUGAUCAACAGUGAAGAGAAGACCCCUCCUAGAAGUUGCAGGCAGAUGCGGGCUCGUUGCUCUGACCUGGGUUCAGCCAGCCAUCGCAGGUUGUCAUGGCCACAAUGCGUCAGCUGACGGUUCAAAGAGCCUAUUGUGACACUGCAGUCAGAGCAAGCGAGCGGGUCAGGAGCUUGCCGGCGUUGUCAUAUGCUGGUCGCCACCUCAUAUCUUGUCAAUCUUCUAUUGCCAGCCCUGCAGAGGUCUCAGCAUUGUGGCGGCAAUCUGAUCAUUGAGAGGAUAUCGGAGAAACACCAUCCUGAGACGCGAUGCCGCCAUGUCUGAUACCACAGAAGCACGCGCUAAGAUUGCAGGCGGAUCCCUGUAUCCUAGUACUCCAAGGGUCGAUGAGCCCUCUGUUCUGGAGGAAUGUAAAAUUACAUUUCCCCAGCUUCCACGGUGCAAGAUCUCUGGACCGGAAGAGAUCAAUUAACCUCUGUCCCGGAUACUGGAAUAGAGACACGCUUUCUCAGAAAGUGUGUUGCAGCUUAUCCACAAAUAUUACCUCGCAUGGCAAUUUCCAGAGCAUGAAGAUCGGAAUCUGGGAUUCAGGGAUUGGCGGUCUAAGCGUAGCAGCUGCGGUGCAAGAUGUUCUGCCAGGUGUCAAGAUCCACUACAUCGCAGACACAGCGUAUUUCCCUUACGGAGGGCAAAGCCAAGAGAUUCUGGUUCAACGAGCUUUGUACUUGAGCCACUCGCUCGUUUCAGAUGGAUGCCAGCUGGUGGUUGUGGCAUGCAACACUGCGUCAUCAGCAGCCCUUGAGUGUGUCCGUGCGAGUGUGCAGGUACCAUGUGUUGGGGUAGAACCUGCUGUGAAGCCUGCGGUCCAGAUGAGCCAGUCAAAGCAUAUUGUCGUGUUGGCGACGCAGCACACGGCAGAGGGGCCCCGCCUGGCAGCGUUGGUCAGGAAUCAUGCGCACAGUGCCCGAGUGUCCGUGCUGCCCAUGCCAGGGCUGGCGGAUAUGGUGGAGGCAGGACAGAUUAGCGGGCCAGUUGUGACGAGCAUGCUGUGGUCCCAACUGGCCGGGCCGAUCUCGGAAGGAGCAGAUAUGGUAGUCCUAGGGUGCACGCACUACGCUUUUCUGCGAGACGUCCUGGCAGAAGUCCUUCCCGAAGGUGUAACUAUCCUCGACGCUGCACAGCCGGUGGCUAAACGAGUCAAAUUUCUACUUCACGACGCUGUGAAAUCAGAUAGUCUGUGCGUUCCGCCGUUGAUGAAUGGAAUCAGUAAAGGCGCAGAGUCCUACGUUGAUCUGAAGGUGACGGGAGAGCAAGUGCAAGUAGAGGAAGUGCUUGACCGACUGAGCUCAAGAGGAGCGAAGUUGCCCCGAAGUAUACUCUUCAGGGCUUGUUCGAGACGAACUUAAAGCCUCUUUUCAUUGGGGAAAUAUUUUGGUGCUCAAAUUGCAACAUUUCCUGCAUUAUAAUGUCUAGAUUAAAGCGACUCUUAGUAAAAGGAUUGCUUCUUGAGCAUCUCCAGUGCUUUGCACAAACACUGGCCAAACGGGACAAAAAAUCACCGAUACAUACACACAGCAGGCGCA